AUGAUAAGAUUGGGGGGGGGGGGAGAUGUGGGGGGGGGGGGGGGUAUUGGGAGGGGGGUUUGGGGUGUUAUGUUUUGGGGGUUUGAUGUUAGGGAUUUUGUGUUUGGGUUGGGGUUUUGGGGGGUUUUGGUGGGGGUGUAUUUGAGGGGUUAUGUUUUGGGUUUUUUUUUUGGGUGUUUUUUAUUUGGUGAUUUUUUGUGGGGGGUUGUUUGGUUUGGGGGUGUGUUUAGGGGGUUUUGUGGUGGUUGGGUGUUUUGUGGUGUGUUGUAUUGUGUUUGGGGUGGUUGUGGGUGGGGGGGGUUUGUGUUUGGUAUGGGGGGUUUUUUUGUGUUUUUGAUUGGAGUUUGGGGGUUUUGUUGGGGGGGUUGUUUUUGUAUGGGUAUUUAA